AUGGUUUACCAGGCGAUGGACGAGUUCUCUGGACGAUUAUCGCGGCAACAAGCCGCGCGACCGGCGCGUCGAGAACGGCGCGCGGACGACGACGCGUUUCACGCGGAUAGCAUCGUCGCUGAGCCGAGGACCGGCAGUUGGGCGGCCAGGGGCACGGAGACGUUCACUUGCCACCGGUGCGGCAGAUCGUAUCAAAUGAGGCACAAUCUGGUGAAACAUUUGCGAUUCGAGUGCGGCGGACACAAGCACUUCGCGUGCAGCUUGUGCCCGGCCAGGUACACGCAAAACGGCAAGCUCAGGCAGCACAUGUUGAACGCGCAUAACAUCUUCGUGCCGCCGCGGAAAACUUGGGUGCGGACGGCGUACAAUUAA